CAGUACAUAACUUACCAUGAAUACUUUAGUCUGUGCGCUCAUUUUUCUUUUGUUUUUCAUCGGAUUCUGCCAAGCGGAGAAUCCAGAGAAGUAUUGCAUACGAACCCUAAAGGAUACACACUUUGACUGCAUCGUUUAUUGUAAGUACAACUACUAUGUAUUCACGGAUGGCAAAUUCAGCAUCGACAAGAAACACAUGGAUAAUCUUACUUACAUUCUGAUUAAGUACAAGGCAGUUGACAGUUCUAAGAAGAAACAAGUGCAAGAGCAUCUGGAGAAGUGCAAGGAAAAGGCAAUCAGGAAAAACAAGACGCCGAGCUGCGAUAGGAUCAUGGAUUAUUACAGGUGCGUCGUUGACGACAAACUAAUUGAUUUUGAUAAGUAUGACAGAGCAAUGAGAAUGUAUGACAGUACCAUCAUUGUAUGAGAAAAGGUUGAAUGAAAUUAAACCCUGAAGAGGGAUUAAAAUAAAUACUGAGUGCUGUUCACAGA